AUGAUAAAAUAUACCCAGUGUGUUUUCAAAAACUAUAUGAACUCUGACUAUAAUCCUCAAGAUUAUGGUUAUUCAAGCUUUUCGGAUUACAAGUCAUCUAUAGUAAAUGGUUUUAAAGAGAAAUAUUCAAGAUAUUUCAACUACACACCACAAAUCGAAGAAGGCACUAGUAAGUUUCCAGAUUACCCAAAUGUUUUAAAUGAUGAUAAUAACAACAACAAUCAACAAUAA